GCCGACGGCUUCCGGCGCGCGCGGGACCAGAGGAGGGGAGCGCUGAGCCCGCCGCGGACCGGGCAGGGCCCUGUGACGAGGCAGAGACGCGAGACGCGCCCCGUGGCGCGCAGUGGCGACCCAGCGCCGCCGCCGUCAGUUGUCAGUCGCUCAGUGAGGCGAUAGGGCCGCUCUAUCACGCUGUCUCGGCGGCCACAUCGGACGGAGUCAAGCGCGCGGCGCGCGGCGCACGCACACGCGUCGGCCGUGUGUAUAGGAGCGGUACGGCGACUGGGCCCGACCGCGUCACCUGAGCCUAUUAUUGUUUGGCGUCGUUCGGCGCCGUGUUUAUGGCGGCGGCAAAUAUUUUGCCAAUGUUUCUAAAAUAGAGCGGAAAGGUCGCUCGUCUUACCUGCGGCGCGCCGAGCCGGCCGGUUUUUGCACGUGCGGCCGACUUUGUAAACAGCUGGGCGGCGCGAGUGCGCGCGAGCGCCGCGCGGCGGACGGCGGACAGUGAGGCGCACAUCGCUGGCCGGUGCUGGUCGUUCGUGCUGGUCGUAUGCGCUGGUCGCGCUGGUCGUGUGAGCUGGUCGUGCUGGUCGUAUGAGCUGGUUGAGCGGAGAGAUGAAGUGAACGUCAGAUCAACAACUGUGAAUCUCUCAGACGAGUGAGGAGGUGUGGUGUUACUGGAGCGGGAACUGCUCGAGUGGAUUGGUGUCUGGUGAAGACGGCAGUGGUGCAAUGGUGAUGCAUUAGUGUCUCGCUGCAGGAGACAGGCGUGGAUAACAAUCAGUCGCGAUAUUGCCGGAGCUGGCUGUGUUUGCGAAGCCAUAGCGAGGCGUAUGCACUGACGCGUGACCGAAUAUCGACGUUCUGCUUCAUCAAGAGCUGGUGGGCGGUGAUCUCUGUGUUUUCUGCGACUUCUAUCGGUUCCAGUGAAGUGUGCAGGCUGACUGGCAGUGGCGGCAGUGUUCCUCUGUGUCUGAGGCGGUGGUGAUGGCGGUCUCGGGCGGGGCCGAGCCGCCCCUCUCCCCCGACUCGCCCCCCGCUCUACCCGUGGUGUACGAGCGCGACCCGCGCCUGCACGACUGCGCGCUGCUGCUGCAGAACUAUGUGCAGGCGCAGCAGCAGCAGAUCAGUAUACUGGAGCGCAGCCUCGCCGACAUGGCGCGCAACUUCGGCCAGAGGGAGCAGGCCCUGCUCGGCCAGAUCCGCGACCUCACCCACCAGCUCAGCCGGCUGGCAGCCGAAAAGCCGCACCCGUCACCCAGUCCGUCAGAUGGCCUGGACUCCACAACCGACCAGGUGAACGGCCAAGACGUGUCCAAGGCUAGCCACGAGGACGCCGUGCGCGCCUUCCAGUCAGCCCAGGAGCCGAUCGUGGUGGAGGUGCUGAGACGUGCCGCCUCCGGGGGACUCCGGAACGACGCCAACCGCAACGUCAAACCCGCCGGAGAGACAUCAGUGGAGGAGGGUGUCACCGUGUCGACACAGACGGACCCGUGGAACUGGCCGUGCUCGCCCGAGUUUCCUCCGGCGCCCGCCUUCCUGGACGACGACGACAUCGACGAGAGUUUCGAGGACGGCGGCGACCCGGAGGUCGACUUUGAGGAGGUGACUCUGCACCGGUCAUCGACCUCGGAGCGGCUCGGGCUGACCCUCUACUACCCGGACGGUGACGAGGCGCCCGACGAGACCGACGUUCUGGUGCGCGGCGUCGAGGCGGGAGGAAUCGCCGCCCGCGACGGCCGCAUCCAGCCCGGAGAUCAGAUUAUACAGAUAAAUGGCGAGGAGGUGGCCAGCAAGGAGCAGGCAGAGCGGCUGCUCUCCUCGCGAGCGGACGUCGUCCUGCUACUCUGCCGUCCCGUGGAACAGGCGAAUGAUGAUCUCCCCGUGGAGCAGAAUGAGGCCGAUCAGGGCAGCAGGUCACCCCAGGUCAUCUGUCGACAGCCCCUCGACAACAGGGUGACGGAGGGCCUGUCGCCGUCCGCGGACAUCUCCGGUGACCGGGGAGGUUCUCUGGAGAAGCGUGACACCAUGAAGAGCGGCGGCAGCAGCAGCAGCGGCAGCAGCGCCGGCUCGCGAGGUCGCCGCUCCGCGCCCGCGCCCGCUCCCACCCCGUCCCUGCCAGCCGGCGAGCUCACCAUGGACCGCGAGCUGUACCUGGUCAACAAACAGAUGGCCUCCAUCCAGCAGGAGUGCGAGUCGCUGGCUCGGCGGCAGCACGGAGAGCGGCCCCUGGUGCCCGUCCCCGAGCGGAGACCGCAGGUCGAGGACCACAUCUACGAGACGAUCCCUGAGUGCAGUGAGUCGGACGAGCCACUCUACUGCCAGCCCUACACUCCUGCGGCGCUGCCGGCGCGGAGUGCGCCGGAAUCCCGCUCACGGCGAGAUGUCGAACGCUGGAUCAAGGCAAGCGUGACGCCGCCCGAGCCGGAGCCGUGGCACGGCACCAGCUCGACCAACGACAGCCAGAGCAGUGCCGAGGGCCGGCCGAGACGCCCCGGUAAGGAGGAGGAGAAGGACAGCUCGAGCGCGUACAACACGGGCGACUCGGGACGCAGCGGGGCACUCACGCUCGAGCUCGGCCUGGUGACGGACGAGGCGAGCCGGGAGAUGCGGGAGUCCACCCUGACCCUGUCUGCGCCGCCGGCGGCACCCACCCGCGACCUCUCCCUGCAGGUCAGCCUCGACUCAGAUACCUACAGCGAGGUCUCCUGCAAGAACUGCCGCAAGUGCAUGCGCCUGCCGCCACUCCAGCAGACGCCCACCAAGAACAAGAACGUCAUCAACAGCGUCAACACGGUGGAGAAGAACAAGAACUAUGUGACGUUUCUGCCGUACCAAACGCACUACACGAACGCAGAGAACCUGCAGGAGACGAUCCAGCGCCAGCAGCGCCAGCUCUACCAGCAGAUCAUGCGCAAGAGCCAGCGCAGCUCGCAGCCGUGCAGUCCCAGCCAGCCGGUGGGCCGGCCGCCUGCGCCGUUCGCCAACUCUCUGCAGCAGUACCGCUACGUCAGCUCCCCUGGCGGCGCCGGCCGGAACCACAGCCACACACUGCCGGCCGAUAGAGGACAGGACGAGUCGCCGCAGUUCCAGUACAAGGUGAAGGUGCGAUCGGAUGGCUCGCGCUACAUCGCUCGACGACCGGUCCGCAAACAGCUGCUCAAGGACCGGGCGGCCAGAAUCUCCGAGGAGCGAGCAGGGAUCACCACUGACGACGACGCCAUGUCCGAACUCAAGCUGGGUCGGUACUGGCCGCGUGACGAGAAAAAGCGCCACCUGGAGCGGGCUCGCGAGCGGAAACAGAAGCAGCAGCAGCGGGCUAAAAUGGCCGCCGUGCCCGAGGAGGCCGUCCCAGAGGACGCAGCAGGAGGAAAGAGACAGGUGAUCCACCCGCUGCUCGAGGCUAGCAUACAGCGGCGCACCUCCUCCGCCUCAAUGCGUAAGAAGCCGCACGGACAGGAGGAGUUCCUGAAGCACGCCAAGCCGCCCAAACCGGCCGCCGACGCCCUGCUCUCAGUCACCACGGUGUAGUGGGCAGGCCGCAGUCACCGCCUCACGAUACUGCGUGGAGGUCGUCUCUGAAGAGUGCUGCCGCAGCUGCGUCGAGCGUCCUGCCUCCCCCCAUCUCCAUAUGAAGCACCCGGCGUGUGUGAUAAGGUAGAGACGGGACGGAUGGUGGCGCCACCUGUGAAGGUGGUGAAUGGACGGCAGCGUCAUCUGUGAAUACGGUGGGCAGACAGCAGCGCCACCUGUGUGGGCGUGACGCAGAUUUGACUGUUUCUCGCACUGUCCCUGGCUAGUCAUUCGGUGUGCCGCGUAUAUAUGGGACGAGUGCGGCUAUUGGGCCUCAUGACCGAGGUGAAUUGAGGACUUUGAUCGUUGGUGUACUGCUGUGUGAGAGCGAUGUGUUGAGGGAUUCUCCAGAACCAAACCUGACUGCGGGGUCUGUCAUGCGCCGUAUGAGGGCGCCGCUAGCGGGGGAGAGAUCACUGUGGCGUACGGCGGGAUGAUCAGGGUAUAGAGAUGACAGCAGUCGAAACUACGAUGCACAGUUGUUCGUUGAUAAUAUGUUGACGACCAGUGAACAUAUGAGCCGGCUAGGAGGGGCACGAUAACGGUCAACUGCCAACUUACCUUCCUAUUUCGGUAAAGUCACAGUUCGAUGCGCGGAUGUUUUCUUUUCUAAGCGGUCAUUUGUUUUAUCUGUCGAGAGGGGAAUGGUCGCACAUGUGAAUUGGUUCUCUAUCAGAGAACACAGAGACGAGUAGAAAUACUGUGGCGACCAGCCCUGUGGGUGCGCUCUGUGUCUGCAAUUCGGCGAGUCGCUCUUCGCGACCGCCGGUGGAGCGGUCUGCAGAGCGCCCACGUCAGUUCCUCUGUGAGUGAGCGGUAGGGGGACCGGCCGCCGCCGGACCGGGCUGGUUGUGACCCGUGCUCCGCGGCUGGUCCGAUGGUCCGUGGUCCGGUGGUUCCUGGUCGGUGGUCUCUGCGCUCCCAGCCCGCGCUGAAUUUCUGCUUCGGUCUGUCGGGGCUGACGGCCAUCCAAGUGUUACGCUGUGCACGUCCCUGAUACGCCAGUUUCAUAUUUCUGUGAUUUUUGUAGUCUUGCGAUUCGCUUUGUGCAAUGGGAUUCAGUGUUGCGCUAAAUAUAACAGGCAUGAAUUGGUA